GUUGUGACAUCGAUUUUCAACUAUUUUAAAAACAUGCGCGAAUGCACGAGUUUUCAGUGGCAUUUUGUUUUAUAUUUAUAAGAAUAUUCCAAAGAUUAUUCAUAGUUAUUUCAGUGAAAUAAAAUGGACCUGUUCACUAAAUUAGUGGAAACCCGGGAAUCUGCCCCUAAACUUAAGGUUAAGAAAGUGUACAUUGACGAGGACCCCAAUACGGAAGAAAAAUCGCCUUGCCCCAAAUGUUGGUCCGAAAACCGGCACAGUUACGUCCGGUAUCUUUUCCUCAACCUACAGGACGCCAUUUACAAGUGUGAGGACGCCAAUUGUAUGUACCCUUUUCAAAAUUUCAAAUUCAAAAGCUAUGCUGAACGCAAAGUUUACUGUAUCGAACCGGUCCUGGAGGAACCGAUCGGAACACCAGUAUUAUCGGAUGAUUUCUUUUCGAGCUUGCCGGUCAAUCUGUCACCGGUCAAACCUGAACCGCACUCUAGUCUCACCGGUGGCGGCUCUUUGAUGCAUUUCAAUUUGGACUUCCUGUCGCCAGACCGGAACCGAUCUAAAGCAGUGCCUUGUCGGAAAACACCAGACAAAGGGGAUAUCAACAUUUUCGAUAGUCCUUCGUUGAGUUACACGAGUCUAGUUAAAGAUUUUGAUACCGCAUUCAUAGACGAUAUAUUGCAAGAAAUUGGACAAGGCUCAGUUGCGGAGAAGAAACAGAAAAGCCCGGUUUUCAAAGCGCCGCUACCCACGCGGCCUCCUACUGCAGGACGGCAGUUGAAACGUUGCCUGAAAAUAUUUGAAAACAAGAAUUUCAACCAACCAACUGAGAAUGAAGAAAGCACAUUCAAAAUUCCUCGGCUUCCUGGGGGAGAAUCCGUAUCGUCAACGGAAAUAAAACGCAACAAAUCGCCAUCUACCAAAAAGCGGAAGAAGUCUCAUUCUGAAUCGAAUCGUAGCUCAUCUGGGUCUAUCGUCGAGAAUCUAAAACCCUUAGUAACACAGAGUAUUACUGCGAUGAAACAAGAAGCUAGUACGAUAACACAAGAUAUUCGCGUAAUAGACACUCCGCCAAAUGCUCAAACUUCAAAAGCAGGGACUAAUCAACUUGCCAAAAAUUUAAAAGUCGAACGGAUGCUGAACUUUAUCGAACGGAGCAUGAAGAACAAAAAGCUUCCAGAACCAAUAAAUGUCCAGCCACUUCGACCAAAGCCGAAAAAACAAAAACCCAAGCGAAAAAAAUGUAACCUAAGCGAUAAAGUGAUGAAAUUCCAUCGGCGGUACAAUCUGUCGGCGGCUGCUGCCGUUUUACAGGACAGUGACUUCGAAUACAGUACCACGGAUGACGAUGAGGAAGAGUCCACCACUACCAAUGAUGAUACCGACAGUUUCGAUAUCGAUGGGAACGAUGGAACCGACAACGAUUAUCCCCACACGGAAUCAUCGAAUGAGUCGAACACUUCCUCUGUAUUGCCAGCUGAAAAUCAAACAUCCGUUAAUUCGUUACCUUCGUUCAAUGAUUUGUUCAAUUCCAUUCAUAAAAUGGAUCCGAUAGCUGGGUUUCCACAACUACAACAACAACAACAACAGCAGCAGCCGGCUCUGCUGCUGAGCAAAUCUGCCGGAUGUUCUCCUAUCCGAAUGGUGCCGGCGGCCGACAGUGAACAGUGGAUGCACACUCCUCCUCGACGGAUCCAUAGUAUGGAAUCGUUGAUCAGUUUGCUGGACUAGUACAAGUUUCCUUAAAUAAAAUUACUAUAAUUCCUACCGUUACUUGAAACUUGCUCAAUAAUCCGUUGGUAUGUCACAUUUUUUUUCCAUUUGAAUUUACAUAAAAUGCUAAGAAGAUGUUUCUUGGAAAUCUAAAUUGAAUUGAAAAUAAAACUUGAAGUAAAACUCCAUUU